GGAUAAAGUGCAUCAGUGCGGGGACAGCCAGCCUAGGGGGCACUUCCGAGCAGGCGGAGAGAUUCCGAGGGCUGCGAAGCGAGAAACAAAGAGAAGGGAGGACAUGAGCGAAGGCAAAGGGAGGGAGCAGGGAACCAGCUGAGUUCAAUCCCGCCAGGAAAGCUCCUCCCGUCCGGCACAUCCCUGAGAGGCGCAGGGACAGGUUUUCCCCCUUUGGUCGAGAAGACAAAGAAUCGAGUGGCCCCAUGGGGAAAGGGGGUGAGCAAGGGGGGGAUUCCGGGGAGCCGGCGGCGCAGAUCCGCUUCUACACCUGGGAGGAGAUCCAGAAGCACAACCUGAGGACGGACCAGUGGCUGGUGAUAGAGCGCAAGGUUUAUAAUGUCACCAAGUGGGCAAACAGGCACCCGGGGGGCCACCGAGUGAUCAGCCACUGCGCCGGAGAAGAUGCCACGGAUGCAUUCCAGGCCUUCCAUAUCAAUCCCACCUUGGUGCAGAAGUUUCUCAAGCCUCUGCUUAUUGGAGAACUCGCUCCAGGGGAGCCCAGCCAGGACCGAGACAAAAAUUCCCAGCUGGUGGAGGAUUUCCGGACCCUGCGGAAGACAGCAGAGGACAUGAACCUGUUCCGAGCCAGCCCCUUGUUCUUCUCCCUUUACCUGGGCCACAUCAUUGCCAUGGAAGUUUUGGCUUUGCUCAUGCUUUCUUACUUUGGGACCGGCUGGAUCACAACACUCAUCCUUGCCUGCAUCCUUACAACUUCCCAGGCCCAGGCAGGUUGGCUGCAACAUGAUUUUGGACACCUCUCUGUCUUUAAGAAGUCUUCCUGGAACCACAUCGUCCACAAGUUUGUCAUUGGACACCUGAAGGGUGCCUCUGCAAACUGGUGGAACCAUCGCCACUUCCAGCACCACGCCAAGCCCAACAUCUUCCAGAAGGAUCCAGAUGUGAACAUGCUGCACAUUUUUGUCCUGGGAGACACGCAGCCUGUUGAGUAUGGCAAGAAGAAGCUGAAGUACCUGCCUUACAACCACCAGCACGAGUAUUUCUUCCUCAUCUUCCCGCCUCUGCUCAUCCCUGUGUAUUUCCAAAUCCAAAUCAUCUCGACCAUGAUCAAGCGCAGGUUCUGGGCGGACCUGGCCUGGGCCAUCAGCUACUACCUGCGCUACUUCAUCACCUUCAUCCCGUUCUACGGCAUCCUGGGAUCCCUGUGUCUCCUCACGUUUGUCAGGUUUCUGGAGAGUCACUGGUUUGUGUGGGUCACCCAGAUGAAUCACAUUCCAAUGGAAAUUGAUUCUGAGAAGCACAGAGACUGGCUGAGCUCCCAGAUAGCAGCAACCUGCAACAUUGAGCAGUCCUUUUUCAAUGACUGGUUCACCGGGCACCUGAACUUCCAGAUCGAGCACCACCUGUUCCCAACAAUGCCACGGCACAACUUCUGGAAGGUGAAGCCUUUGGUGAAGUCAUUAUGUGCCAAGUAUGGAGUCCAGUAUGAGGAGAAGCCUCUUGGGAAAGCAUUCGUAGACAUUGUUGGGUCCCUAAAGAAAUCUGGAGAUCUCUGGCUGGAUGCUUAUCUCCAUAAGUGAUCAUGAAUCUUUCUGGGGAGGUGUCUGACACAACGAAUAACCAGCAAAUCACACAAAAGACCAAAACAAUCACACAAGCAAAAAGUGCUAAUUGCUCCUCAGUGCUCCAGGGGAACCACAAAUGGCCUUUUCACCAUCCUGCCCUGCAGAAACCCAGAGUCCUGCCUGUCUGCACACGCCUGGCAGGCACCGAUCCUCUUCUUGCCUGCCCGAGGCCAGGAGCCAUGGCACUGUUCACCCCUCCCUUGGGAACAAUCACAGAAGGAAAGGAGUUCUCCCUGAAAAAGGAGGAGCUGCUCAAACAGACAAUCCCAGCUGGAAUCAGCCCUGCCCAGGCUGUGCUGCUGAUGCGAGAGCUUUGGAGAACGCUCUUACAAGUUGUCUAAAACUCUAUUUUCUGCCAAGCGCCUAAUUACCAAAAUUCACUAAUGGCUGAUCUUGCUGUCAACUUAUGGUUGAAGCUCCCAGGUGCUUCUGGAGCAGGUACCUGACCCCAAAUAAACCAGGGGUUCAGGUUCAGCUGCAACACUACAGAAGAGAUAUUUGGUUUAGGACAAAGGGCUGUGGUUCCAAAAGCAGCCUCCAUCCAGCACCAUCAUCUGCCUCGGUGCUCCCUGGAAACACCAGGAGGGAGACUCUGGUUACUUUGCACGCCUCAUUACUUCCCUCAGCUCUGAAACUGGAUCUUCUCUAUCAAAUCCCUGAAUCCUAGCAGCAUCCCACAGAAUCAGCAAGGUGCUUCAUCAUGAACAGAGAUGACUCUGGGACUGUGGCCAGCAUUGCAAAAAAAAUAAAAAAAUAAUGUAUUCCCUCCCUGAGUCUUUGGAGAAUAAAAUGAGAUUUUAUCUUUGCUUACAGAUAAGGAAUGAAUGUUUAGGGUGAAAAGCUACAGAAAUAGCUUUUUCGAAAAUCACACUUCUGGAUGGUGUGAUUUUCCAGGCAGGUAGUAAGGAGCUAGCCUGGAAUUUGGCUAACCUCAUCAGUAUUGCCUUAAUUUGUGCACCCCAUCCUUGAAUGUACCUCACUGUGCUCCAGCAAGGAUGACCAUGAGUACAGUGGCAUCAACAGUGAAAGCUUUUAAAUGUCCAGCUUAUUUUUCUGACAGCCCUUGGGUUUUUUGUCUUAUUUCCAGAGCAAAUAUUUUCCUCCUUAGCCCUGUCCUUCUCUCUUUCUCCUCUUUUCCUCUUCUCCUCUUCUCCUCUUCUCCUCUCCUUGUUUGGGUUGAUCUUGGGGAAAGAUCAGCUCUUAGGCAAAUGGGCAUUUUUUUCCCAGAAAAAACUUAUUAUUUUUCCAGGCAAAGCCUCUCUGGCUCAUGUAGUUUUUCCUCUACUUCCAAAAAAUUCCAGCUAUCUGGGAAUUUGAGUUGUUUUCUGUGUGCCUUGAUUCCUUGUUGACAUCCCAUCCUGCAAGUGUUACAGGCCAGGUUGGAUGAAGUUUGGAGCAACCUGAUCUAGGGAAGGUCCUCCAUGGCAGGAGGGUGGAAUUGAAUGAUCUUUAUUGUCCCUUCCAACCCAAACCAUUCCAUGAUUCUAGAAGCUCUCCACUCUUUAACUGGAGCAUGUCAAAGAGAUCACUGACAAAGAGCCCUGGAAGUCUGGAUCAAUCUGCUUUGUUAUCAUUGUUCUCCAAGUAAAAUUAACUUUAUCUGGAGAUAUUCCAGAAGUUUCAGUAAGACUGGAAAUGUAGAUGGAUAUAAACUUCCCAUGAGCUUUGUCUCCAAGGCAGCAAUGAGUGAGAGACGAGCAGGUUAAAAUCUGCCAUCAUAAUGACCAAAACACAGAAUUUUCAGCACAGCUUUGCCCAGCUUUCUGAGGACUCUUAACUAACCAGUUCAUCUGAAAAUAAUGAGGUGAAAUCUUGUCCACUUUCUCUCUUGAUAAAAGUCAUUCAUUUGCACUGUAAUGAGACAAGUAUGAAAAAAAAAACCUAAGCCAGUAAGGGGUGCUGGAAGCCUGCCAGGGUUUAUUGAAUCCAGCUACACCACAUGGAAAUGGGGAGCUGGAAACACAGAGGUGGUUUCAAGGCAGAGAAUCAAACAACAGCCAGGGAAGGACUGGAUUUGUUCUCCCCACUCACUGUGGGGGACUGGAGUAGGAGCUGGAGGACCAGGAUGAUUGAGGAUGUCAGAGAAAAGCACAAACUGCAAAGAGAAGUCUCUGGGUGUGUUUUGGGAGGAGAAUAAGAGAUGGGAGAAGUUUGGGAAAGUCAGGGGUUGGGGAGGGAUGCAUGAGAGUGGGAGAAAAAAUACAGAGGGCUGAAGGAGGAGGAAUUUGGAAUCAGGUGUCCCAUGAUCUCCCAGCAUGGCUGGAAUCUGCCUGGAGGGCUGUGCUGGAGACACAGGGCAGGACAGGGCAGAGCUGGGGCUUAGAGGGGGUGGCAGGGACCGGUGACAUCCACAGGCACCUCACAGUGAGCUGGAUCUCACACUAAGCCCUAAGCCCCCACCUCCCACAGCUCUGGGAGCAGGGACUCAUUGCCCUCAGUUUUCAGGGAGAAGCACAGUGGGAAUUAGGGGACUUUUCUUGGAGGUUUCCCUCCAGGCCUGGAUUCGAGCAGUCUAGAUCCCAACUGCUCACUGAAAUAGGGCUUGGGGGGCUGGUUAGGACCCAUGUCCAGGCACCAUCAUUUCCUGCUGCAGGGGCUGAGCUUUCUGGCUGGAUUUGAGAUCUUCAUUAGAGCAAAGACAUCCUUUUCCUUAGUAGAUGCUUUCCCAAAAAAGCCCUCAUAACAAAGCUCUAACAUGUCCAAUGUUAAAACAGCAAACCCACAUUCCUUAUAGGACAGCUCCUGGUUUAUUUUUUAUUUUUUUUAAUUCUUAAAAAAAAAAAAAAUAAAUUACAAAAUCCAGUAACUCAAAAAGAGAAUUUUUUUUCCUUGUGUAUUCUACCACUCAAUAAAAUCAUAACUAUUUGUUGACCA